AUGAAAGCAAUUAUACUAUCUGGAGGAUUUGGAUCUCGCCUCCGCCCAUUAACAUUAAGCAAACCAAAGCCAAUAAUUGAACUCUGCAAUAUUCCAUUAAUAGAAUUUCAAAUAUCUCAAUUUGUAGAAGUGGGAGUGAAGAAUAUAAUUCUAGCAGUAAAUUAUUUAUCAGAAGAGCUUAGAGAACCAAUUAAAAAUAUUGAGAAAAAAUAUGGGGUAAAAAUUAAUGCUAGUAUUGAAGAAAAGCCACUAGGAACAGCUGGUCCAAUAUUAUUAGCCAAAAGGUUUAUUGAAGAUAAUAUUAUUACAAAUGAACCAUUUUUUGUUUGUAACUCUGAUAUAGUUUGUAAUUUUCCAUUGGAGGAGAUACUAACUAUGUAUAGUAAAUUAAACUGUGAUCACCAAAGGAAAUGUGAAGGUAUAAUUCUUGUUAAACAAGUAGAGGAUCCAUCUAAAUAUGGAGUAGUAGUUCAUGAUAGAGAUACUGGUCUUGUUGAGGAAUUUAUUGAGAAACCACAGAAAUAUAUUGGAAAUUUUAUUAAUGCUGGAUUAUAUAUAUUAUCACCAUCUAUAUUAAAUUUAAUUGAACCAAAUAUAGCAGUUUCAAUAGAAAAAAAUAUAUUUCCUAAAAUAGCUGCUCGUAAAUCCUUGUAUUGUUUAAGAUUUUUGACUAAUGAAAUAAAUAUAUGGGCUGAUGUUGGAAUCCCUGCAGACUUCCUUUAUGGUACACAGUUAUUUCUAAAAUAUCUCCAAAGUAUGGAGUAUUAUACGAAGAAAAGUUCAAAGUUAUUUUUAUAUGAGGAAGAUAAAUUAGAUCCAAUUGUGAAUUAUGAUGAUUUGACAAUACAAAAGAAUAGAGAAAUGAUAAAAUCAGAAGUUAUAUCACAGAAUUUCCUGAAUUCCAAUUACUUAAAUAAUUUUAAAUUACUAGAAAGAAUGAUUGAGAUGAAUAAACUGGAACUUGCACAAUCUAAUGAAAGUUAUAAUAUUAUUGAAAAUGUUAUUAUUCAUCCAACAUCACAAAUUAGUAAGGAUUGUUUAAUUGGACCAAGUGUUGUAAUUGGGAAAGAUUGUAUUAUUGGUAGAGGUGUUAGACUUGAAAAUUGCAUAAUUUUUGAUAAAACUAUAAUAGAAGAUUUUUCUAAGAUAAAAUCUUCAAUUAUUGGUUGGAAUUCAAGAAUUGGGAAGUGGGUAAGAAUUAAUGGGCUUUCUGUAUUUGGUGAAGAUGUUACUAUUAAUAAUGAAGCAUUUAUAAACUCUGCAAUUAUACUUCCACACAAAUCUAUUAAUAGUUCAAUAAUACAACCAGAUAUGAUUAUUUUGUAA